AUGCCUUUCGACUAUAACCCCGAAAAGGACAUCCCCAAUCUCUCGGGGAAGACAAUCUUCAUAACAGGAGGAACCGCGGGCCUAGGCGCAGAAUCAGCAAUCCAAAUCGCCAAACACAACCCAUCACACAUCUACCUCAGCGGCCGCAAUGUCACGAGCGCGGAAAAAGUGAUCAAGCAAAUCCACCAAACCACCCCAAAUCUCGCUGUCACUUUCAUAAAAUGCGACCUAGCCUCCCUGACCUCCGUCAAAGAAGCCGCCGAGCACUUCACCAGCCAACACCGAACCCUCGACAUCUUAAUGUGCAACGCGGGCAUUAUGGGAAAAUCCCCAGACCUAACGGCAGAUGGCUACGAAGUCCAAUUCGGCACCAACCACCUCGGCCACGCACUUCUAAUCAAAAAGUUCCUACCCCUCCUCGAAGCCUCCCGCGACCCCCGUAUCGUGAUCCUCACCUCGCAGGGAUGGGGCCUGCACCCGCGCGGCGGAAUAAUCUUUGACAAGCUCAAGUCAACGCAGGAUAUUGCGUUUUUAGGACCGUGGCGGCGGUAUGGACAGAGUAAGCUGGCCAAUUUGCUGUAUGCGCGUGAGCUCGCGAAGAGGUUCCCGGGUAUCACGUCGGUGUCUGUGCAUCCUGGUGUUAUACAAACGGGUCUUGUUGAUGGUCUUAGCCUCAAGGAUAAGAUUAUUGUUUAUUCGUCUACUUGGCGGUCGAUUAUUCAGCUGCGUGAAGGUGCCUUUAAUCAGACUUGGGCGGCUACUGUGGACAAGGCGGAGAUUCGGAAUGGGGGGUAUUAUGAGCCUGUUGGGAAGUUGGAGAAUGGGAAGCUUAAUGAGACGGCGAGGGAUGAUAAUCUUGCGGAGAGGUUGUGGGAUUGGACUGAGGAGGAACUAAAGGGAUUCUAA